CGGGUUAGAUAGAUAUAAAGUACAGAAAUCCGUUCUACCUGACUCAGAGGCUGGAAAUCAUGGCAUUGGAGGAAAUCAAGAGCAGGUUUGAGGGGAACUGGCAGUGUGUACAGACAGACAACGUGGAACCAUUCCUGGAAGCCAUGGGUGUAAAUAUCAUCAAACGGAAGGCAGCCUCUGUGCUGAAACCAAACCUGAUCAUCUCGGUGAAAGACGGAAAGCUGGAGUUUGUCCGGAAACUCCCGAUGAAGGAAUUAAAGAACCAGUUUGCCCUGGAUGAAGAAAUCGAGGUUUCAGAAGAGGAUCAUAAAUACAAGGCAAAAGUGACCUACUCUGAUGGAAAAAUGAAGAUUGAAUUAAAAGCUACAGAUGGAAAAUCUAAAGACAAUGUGGUAAUAAGAGAAAUAGAGGGAGAUAAUCUAAUACAAACGGCAACUUGCGACGGAGUGAUUGCUAAGACGAUUUUCAAAAAGUCUUAAUUUCUCAGUUAUAUAUAUGUAUUGUAGCAUUAUGUAAAUAAAAUGGUUUGUGCAGUC